UUGUUUCGCCAUGCCUAGUCUAGUGGUAUCUGGAAUAAUGGAAAGAAAUGGGGGCUUUGGAGAACUAGGAUGUUUCGGGGGAAGCGCUAAGGACCGAGGGCUGCUGGAAGACGAGCGCGCCCUUCAGCUGGCUCUCGAUCAACUCUGCCUCCUGGGUUUGGGGGAGCCCCCCGCCCCCACGGCGGGCGAGGACGGGGGAGGUGGGGGGGGCGGCGCCCCCGCGCAGCCGGCCGCCCCCCCGCAGCCGGCCCCGCCGCCGCCGCCCGCGGCGCCCCCGGCCGCCCCGACGGCGGCCCCCGCGGCGCAGACGCCCCAGCCCCCCACCGCCCCCAAAGGGGCGAGCGACGCCAAGCUCUGCGCUCUCUACAAAGAGGCCGAGCUGCGCCUGAAGGGCAGCAGCAACACCACGGAGUGUGUUCCCGUGCCCACCUCCGAGCACGUGGCCGAGAUCGUGGGCAGGCAAGGCUGCAAGAUUAAGGCCCUGAGGGCCAAGACCAACACCUACAUCAAGACGCCGGUGAGGGGUGAGGAGCCCGUGUUCAUGGUGACCGGGCGGCGGGAGGACGUGGCCACAGCCCGGCGGGAAAUCAUCUCAGCAGCAGAGCACUUCUCCAUGAUCCGCGCCUCCCGCAACAAGUCAGGCGCCGCCUUUGGUGUGGCUCCUGCUUUGCCCGGCCAGGUGACCAUCCGCGUGAGGGUGCCCUACCGCGUGGUGGGGCUGGUGGUGGGCCCCAAAGGGGCAACCAUCAAGCGCAUCCAGCAGCAAACCAACACAUACAUUAUCACACCAAGCCGCGACCGCGACCCCGUGUUCGAGAUCACGGGUGCCCCGGGCAACGUGGAGCGUGCGCGCGAGGAGAUCGAGACGCACAUCGCCGUGCGCACGGGCAAGAUCCUCGAGUACAACAAUGAAAACGACUUCCUGGCGGGGAGUCCCGACGCAGCACUCGAUAGCCGCUACUCCGACGCCUGGCGGGUGCACCCGCCGGGCUGCAAGCCCCUCUCCACCUUCCGGCAGAACAGCCUGGGCUGCAUCGGCGAGUGCGGAGUGGACUCUGGCUUUGAGGCCCCACGGCUGGGUGAGCAGGGCGGGGACUUUGGCUACAGCGGGUACCUGUUUCCCGGCUAUGGCGUGGGCAAGCAGGACGUGUACUACGGUGUGGCCGAGACUAGCCCCCCGCUGUGGGCGGGCCAGGAGAACGCCACGCCCACCUCUGUGCUUUUCUCCUCGGCCUCCUCUUCCUCCUCCUCUUCCGCCAAGGCCCGCGCUGGGCCUCCGGGCGCUCACCGCUCUCCUGCCGCUUCCGCGGGGCCCGAGCUGGCCGGACUCCCGAGGCGCCCGCCGGGAGAGCCGCUCCAGGGCUUCUCUAAACUUGGAGGGGGCGGCCUGCGGAGCCCCGGCGGCGGGCGGGAUUGCAUGGUGUGCUUUGAGAGCGAAGUGACUGCCGCCCUCGUGCCCUGCGGUCACAACCUGUUCUGCAUGGAGUGUGCAGUACGCAUCUGCGAGAGGACGGACCCAGAGUGUCCCGUCUGCCACAUCACAGCCACGCAAGCCAUCCGAAUAUUCUCCUAAGCCCCUUGCCCCAUGCCUCUGGGGCCUGCUCCACGGGGGCCCACCCUGGACCUGUUUUCCACUAAGGCCUUUUGGAAAGCGGUGAUUUGAGAGGCAAGGUGCUUAGAGAUACUCGCUCGCUGGGGAAGGGGGGAGGGAGGCAGUGGUGGCUGGAGGGUGGGCCACUUUCAGAGCCUCUGGUCACCCUGUCCUGGAAAGAUUGGGAGGGGGCCAGACUGAAAAUUUUACUAGAGUUACAACUCUGAUACCUCAACACACCCUUCAAUCUGGAAGCAGCUAAGAGAAACUUUGGUUUUGCCAGAGGUGGCCGCUAAGGCAUCCUGACGCCCUCUGCCCACCUCCCCAGCUGUGUGUCACUCCACCCCUUCUUCUGAGGAGGGGGUGGGUAAAAGGGAGAGGGAGAAUUACCACCUGUAUCUAGAGGUGCUCUUUCCAAUCCCCAAGCCCUCUGGUCCUGACCUCCGACCUCCUAACAUGACCCUUUACCCCCACCCCCCACCCCACCCCCGUAUCCUGUUUGGGAAACUGUCCCCGGUUUCCAGCAGUGUAAGGGAGUUGGAGCCCUAUCAGAAGUUGCAUAGAUCUAGGGGUGGGGGCCAGAAAAGCAUGUCAAUCGUUUCUAUGGCUGAAGGGCUCAGAAGCCAUCUGUCCCCACAAAGCUGGGCUAGAGGAAUCUGGAGAGGAGCGCUCCUCUCUGCCCCUGCCCCCCAGUGUUUCCCUUCACUCUCUCCGCCCAUCUUCCCUUCCUUUGGGAUCUUCCCUCUCAACGCUUUCCUUUCCCUCCAGCUCUUUGCUUUGCUUUCCUUUGGUGGCUGUCACUCCCAGCCCUGCCUCCUCCUCGUCUUUGUCUUUCUUCCCUUUCACCCCCUCCCUCCUGCCCCUUCCAGCCCAGCUUUGGGGAUACCAUCCUCCUGGGGAGAAGUAGGGGGAAGAAGAUUUUGAUGGUCCCCCCAUUCCUCUUCAAGCGUCUGGAGGCCCUCUCCCCCACUCCUCCAAAGAAACAUCUCAAAUUCUUGAUGGAAUGUAUCCCCAUUCUCAGUGAAAAUGUGAGGAGGGGACUAAUUCUGGGGUAAAGGGUCAAACCCCCACCUUCAUCAUCUAUGGGCAUUAUAUUUAGGGAGUAGUUCUUGGGCUGGAUUUUCUGGUGGUGGAAGUGGGGGCGCCAGAGUAGUAUGUCUGCUCUUUCAAGGAGCAGGAAAGGGCGUGAGGCAGGAGGAGAGGCCGGUUGAGGGAAGAGCUGCUCCUCCCAGGCGGUGCCCCACUCCUGCCCCACUCCUGCCCCGCUCUCGGCCUGACCUGAACCUUGAUUGAAUCCUUAUUAGCUUGAAUCCUCCAUGCAAAUCAUGGAGUCUCUGUCCCACCCGUUGUGACUGAGGAGAGGCCAGGUCUUCAGAGAGGGGUCAGCCCGGGGCAAAGCAGGAUUGGGGGCAGCAGGGCCUGUUCUGAGAAUCACAUAUUGUUACACGCCUUGCAACCCCCUUUGUUGCUACCCUCCUGCUCAGUUGGGGCUGCCACCAGCUCUCCACCCUCCUGGUUCCGCUGGCCGGGCCAAGAGAGGAUGGAGGGGUGGGAGUCCCGGGGAGUCCUAGGAGAUCCUUGUAAAUAAUGGGGUGGGACUGUUCUGAGUGAUCGCCCGAGCGCUUAAAGCUCCAGAGUCCCGUUCUUCCUGGAUGGAGAAGUGGUGGAGGUGGAGGCGCAGAGGGGAUUUCCUCCUCUCUUUUCCUCCUGUCGAGAAUUAACAGCUCUCCACAGCCUUCCCCUCCAGAACACCAGCCAGGGAGGGGAGAGGAAGGAGGUCGCAGCCAAGAAAAAUACCCUGUGACAACUUCCCUCCUUCCCGCCUAUGUGAGCCAUCCUGACAUGUCUGUACAAUAGAAACCAAACCAAAUGGGCACCCUCGGUCCGUCACCGGGGGCAGGUGGGGAGGGGGGUGGGAAGAAGGGAUGUCUGUCUGUCGAUCCCCCUCCCCCUCUCCACUCUUUACCCACAAAGGCAGAAGACUGUUACACUAGGGGGCUCAGCAACUUCAAUCCCACCCUUACCAAUUGAGCCAAACCUAGAAACAAACACGAAACACGCAUAGUGAGAGACAAAAUAGAGGAGAGAAAGAGAGCAUGAGAGGGAGCGAGACAGGCCACCGACACAGAGGAGAGAAAACAAAAAUAGCAAAAAAAAAAAAAAAAAAGCAGUUCUUUAUAAUUUAAUAUUCUAUUUUAAUAAAGGCGUUUAUUACCGUAUAAAUGUAGCAAAGAACCUGGGCUAAUAUGAAAAAAA